AGUAGUCAAAAAGAUCAAAUUUGGGCCAGAAAUAUUUUACGGCAACAAACCAGAGUCGGUACCGUAUGUAGAGCUACUACCGCUGAGCGAUGACAUUGUGGCCAGCUAUACCGGGCCUGGCUCGGGCCUUGCCUACGCUGAAGGUUACACGGACAACGAGCAUUAUACACACUUAGUGGCUGGAGUCAAGGACUGGACUCUGAGAGAAGAGCAAGCAUAUGGUGCCUCCAUCUCGUUGUAUGAACAGCAUCCUAUAAGUGGGAGAAUCUCAGGAGAACCCAUUGCUGAUAGCUUUGCCUUAUGUGUUCGUCGGAAUAACGCCAUCUUAAUGAUGGCGGAUGGUGUUAACUGGGGCGAGAAGUCACGGCUGGCUGCUAGGUGCGCCCUCUACGGCAGCAUGAAGUACCUCAACUAUACCAUUUUUGACCGGAGACAUAAGCCAGAAAACACACAGGAUGUUGUGCGGUUGCUGAGGAAAGCCCUGGAUGAAGCUCACAGAGCCAUCAUAUCCAAGGAAGCCGGCCUCACAACUCUCUGCCUUUGUAUGGUCUGUGAAGUGGCCAAUUCUGACCAGCAUGCCGUCUGCUGUGUGAACGUCGGUGACAGCCUUGCAUUUGUCUACUCAGCCAAUAACGCUAUAAGAGAAGUGACUGUUGGUUCUCAUGACGUGGGCAGUGAGAGGGACAUCCGGGACGCUGGUGGGGCUCUGGGGCCUGUUGACGGUGUAAACCCAGAGCUGCACAAUUUGACCUGCUCUGUGACCUUUUGCCACAAGGGAGACAUGGUGUUUUUGACAACUGACGGCAUCUCUGACAACUUUGAUCCAGUUGUGACGAAAAUAGCUCUGCCUACGAGAGCAAAUGACUCCAAUUUUAAUACUAAGGAAUGCAUGACAUCUAACAGUAAUCUAGUCAUUAAGCCAGAAAUGACUCCAAAAGAAAGACACACAUAUGCUAUGAAGGAAAUGGAGAAGGUUGUCCACGAAUUUGAGCUGAGCACAGAAGACAGAUGUUCGGCCCAGGCGUUUUGCGGUGCUUUGCUGCAGCAUGUCUUGACGCUAACAGACACGAAAAGGAAAAUUGCUGAGAACCCGGCUAUUUAUGCUAAACAUAAAACUACAAAACAGGAACGCAAAAGAAGAGACUCAGAAAUUGUCGAAAAAAUGUCAAAAGCCCCGGGUAAACUAGACCAUGCUUCUGUAAUCGCUGUCGAGGUGGGUGCAUUUUUAAGACAGGGUGGUCAGUCUCAAAUGAAAGAAGCAAAUAAUGCAGCAGUCACAUCAUCUCUUACGGGGUCUCAGCCGAGAAAUGUUCCAGAUUCACCUCCUACCCCGACCCACCUGCCUCUUUGUGGGUCCAUACCACCCAGCUACCACUUCAAGAAAUCUGGCGCUAGAAAGUUCUUUGCCAAGUUGAAGAGCUUACCCACAUCACCUACCUCACACAACCCACCCCCACUACCAUCAUCUGCUUCUUGUGAGCCCAUUAGAACCUCCUCAUCACCAGCUCUCAAUUUACCCUCUUCACCACCAGUUUUUAAUUGCACCCCAUUUUUCCCAACGUCAUUCUCCUCAAACACCAUCGGCCAUGACUCCCAGAAACUUCCCCAAGAAUGCUUCUUAAAUCUCCCUCCUCCGAAAUUCCCAAAUCGACGGUUUCCCAAGGCAGCAGACGUACACACCCCUACCUCCCCCACCAUCAUGGAGUCACCUUUAGAACUUGAUAUCACCAGGUUUCCGCAUCGCAGCCAGCUUCGUCCGAGUUGUUAA